AAAGGCCAGUCACAUUAUGCUGUGGUUACAUUUAUGUUGUUGCUCCUCUGAAGAACUGAACCACUUGGUGAAGAGAAUGGCAAGAAGAAAUGUCCUCAUUACAGGUUGCUCCUCAGGAAUUGGACUGGCAUUAGCUGUAAAAAUGGCGAAAGAUGAACAGAAAAGAUUUAAAGUGUUCGCCACAAUGCGGAACCUGGCCAAGAAAGAGCCACUGGAGGAAGCUGCAGGUCACAGGCUGGGCAAAACCCUCGAGAUUAAACAACUGGAUGUGUGUGAUGAACAGUCUAUUAAAACUUGUGUCAAUAGUAUCCCUGACAGAAGGAUUGAUGUCCUGGGCAACAAUGCUGGAAUGGGGCUCAUUGGACCUAUUGAAUGUCAGACCAUUGAGGAAAUGAAAACUGUGAUGGACACCAACUUCUUCGGCCUGGUUCGACUCCUGAAGGAGAUCUUGCCUGACAUGAAGAGGAGAAAGAGUGGGCAUAUAGUUAUAAUAAGCAGUGUUAUGGGAAUACAAGGCAUCUUAUUUAAUGAUGUUUAUGCUGCAUCUAAGUUUGCUGUGGAAGGAUUCUGCGAAAGUUUAGCUAUACAAGCACUCAAGUUCAAACUGCAGUUAAGUUUGAUUGAACCAGGCCCAGUGGUUACAGAAUUUGAAAGAAAAGUGUUUGAAGAUGGAAUGAAAAUGGAUCUUUCAGCUGCAGAUGAAGAAACAGCUGAGAUGUUUACUAACAUUUACCUUAAAAAUUACAAACAAAUUUUCCAGAGCCUGGGACAAAGCGCUGAAGAUGUUGCAGAGCAUACAGUGAAGAUAAUUCUUGCAGAAAAUCCACCUUUUCGCCAUCAGACCAAUACCUUGUAUACUCCAAUGACAACUCUGAAGUAUGCAGAUCCAAAUGGAGAUCUACCCAUUGACAUAUUCUACAAAAUGGUUUUUCAGCAUGAUAAAAUCUUCAGUGCAAGUCUCAAUUUCAUCAAAUUGCUACGGUGGAGAAGCAGAAAGAGCUUUGACCUGGGAAAACCUUCACAAUAAGUAUGAGAUUAUAUAGUGCAAAUUGGAAUUACUUCUUGUAGCUACUGAUGACACAGUAUGUUGUUAUUCAAAUGCCUUUGCUCUGUAAUUAAGAAAAGGUAUGCAAGAUAUUUGUUUGAGCUUAGCUAAGAUAUUCAUUUCAAUGUGUAUCUCUUGAAUGUUACUGUUUGCAGAACCUUGCAAUUAAAAUCCUCUAACUAUAGUUUUAUUCUGUUUAGUGUUUGCUUUUUCCAGAGAUGUUUUCUUAGGACCAUGAACACUGCCUGGUAUUUGUAUAUUCAAUAUUAACCUGACCUCCUUCACUUACUUGAAUAUAAUACACACUGAGAAGUGUACAAUAUGCAAACGAUUUAGAUUCUUAAUAUCAUAAAAAUAUGUUUUUACUUAUUAGGAUAGAAUCAGUAUA